UUAUUACAAUAUAUUAGUUUUGCAGUUUUUUAUAUCUGGUCUUCACAAUUUCUGUCUUUUUGUUUAAACAGGUUUUACAAAUCUGCCUGGAUGCGGGUUCCAUAACGAAAACUGAAAGUGAGCCGAGGACCUGCCUUACUGCAUACACGGUGUAUACGAUCGCUACAUUGUCGUAGACAUAGAGUAUGCAUUUGGGGUCGACCACAGUUUGGUCCUUUGACAUGACGAGCUUUCUGCUACGCUUUCACUUUCAGAACAACUGGGCUAUACAAAACAUGCUAAAACUGUCAUGAAUCAUGCCGUUCUGCUAGCCGGGCCAUGUCGUAGCAAAUAUUUUCUUAGUACUGGCAAUGCGACUUUGUAGUUGUUUAUUUCUAUUUUUUUUUGCUUUCUCACUUAGCACACCAAUAGUAGUUAACAUGGGAAUAGAUAAGUAUCUUCUUUGACUGUAGCUGUGCCGUAUAGCUAAAUUAUUUUUGUUUUCGCAGAAUGGGCCAAUUUGUGACCUCAUUUGUGCGAUACGUACAGAUACGACUUUCCUUCGGCCGAUUUUUGAUCACUAAUACGAGUGCUGGUAUACACCUGUGCUUUGCUGACAUUUGCUGUGUUUGUUACCGGGCCGAUGUAUAUUUCUCUUUAUCGCUGUGGUAAACAAUCAGAUUCAAACUUCAAAUUUUAAUACGCCCUUCUAAGUUUUAUCCUGUGAGUACUACUUUCAGGUUGAAUACAAAAAAAAAAAAAAAACUUUGCGUUCUGCCAAAUCCAGUUGCCAUUGUACAGCUCCAUAAUUAUCACCACUGGCGAAAGUGCGUUCAUUGUAUUUGAAAGGUUACUUCGUGCUAACAACUAUAUCACGAAUCUGGGCCGUUAACUCCCUAGCUGUAUUCCUCCUCGCCCGAUGGCACGAUGUGAAAUUAUAGAGAAAGGAUGUCGCAAAGGCAGAAGCAAGUGCAGAGUAUCGGAACAUUGUCAUCCUUUCGCAACAUGGACAAAAAGUGGCCGUGGCAGGCGACAUACACAUGGAAAGAAUUAUGGGGUACUCUCAAAAGAAGCAAAAAGAAAAGAAGUGUGACAGCGGCAUUGCGAUCUGACGGUCGUCGAAAGCCAGCCGGCGCAACGGGCUGACAGCGAGAGAAUCCGGCGCGCUGGCCGCGCACAAAGGAGAGAGCGCGCCUCGUCCCGGCAAGAAAAAGAACCCAAACAGUAGAGAGAGAGAGAGAGAGAGCAUUCGCGGCGAUCAAGCGAGCGAGUGCCCCAAAAAGCGCGAGAGAAGCCCGACGUCGAGCGGGUGCCUCGGCCGCCAGGGGGCGCCAGCCGACACACAACAACAUGGCGGCGGGUGGAGCGUCGUCGCCCGAAGGCAACACCUUCCCCGCCAGUGACGCUGGCCCCGCCCUCCUGGCGCCCCGGGCGGCGGCGAGGGGAAGGAAUGAAAAGCAAAGAAGGAAGCAGCGGCGAUGCGCGCGGGGCGAGCUGCUUCCGCGGGGAAGACGGAUCCCUCCCCUGCGGCGGCGUUUUUCGGGAGGGAGAGAGGGAGUUUUUUCCCGAAGGCGGCGCCAUGUUGGGGAAAAAGCGACCCUUCUUCUGCCCGCGGCUGCUGAGGAGUCGUCGUCGUCUGCCGCUCUCCCCGUGUGUGUGUGUGCGCCAUCGUCAUCCCCUUCGGGCGCCGGCCACCGGCGCCCUCCAGUCUUUUGCGCCCCCGAGCUGGGCUUCCCCGCCGCGUCGUCUCGAGUGCGUUUUUCCCGCCGGCUCGCUUGCCGGUGCGGGGGCCGCCAUUUCUUUCGGCGGCCCUCUUGUGGGCGCUCCGUGUUCCGUUCUUUUUUAUUUCGUUACAUUUCGCCUUUCGUUUUUUUCUUCUUCUUUCUCGCGGCUCCCGGCGGUCGACGUCGUGCCGUGGCCCCCUUGGCACGAGCUUGUUUGCGCGAGAGAGACCUGUGAUCGCACCGCUGUCAUUGCGGGGGACCUGUUUUUUCGUUGGCCGUCUGGAAGGCGCGACACGACGAUGUCCGACGGUGUCGUCUUCGCUACGCCAUGCCUCGAUGCCCGGAGCUUCACUUUUCCCGGUGUCCCCCUGCCGCUGCCUGCGCCGUUUGGCGCCCUGCGAUCGCGUUUCCGUCUGCGUCUUCGGCGAUGCCACGUGCGUGGAGGAGGAGUCCUGGGAUCUCGAAGACAACCGUCACGCACCGCGAGUCACCGCUCGACGCGAUGGGAGUGACUCGUCGCGACGACUUGCCGCAGCGUUCGUGACGAGCGCCUGAAAGGGCUGAACAACAACCACGCCUGGCCCCGUCGUUGUCCCGUUCAUCUGGAACAACGGACUUCGAGCUCACUGGUUUCCGUCUCGAUAGUGCCCUGCCGAAGUUCUUAGACUCCGGCUGGUGGCACCCGGAGAGCAACUUUGCGAAGCGCAUCGAAGGAUCGAGCUCGUCAAUACUGUUGAGCGUGACGACCAGGGCAGGGACGACGGACAGGUCCCCAUUAUAAAGAGGGGGUAAUCCCGUUGUCGAAAUCUGCGUUUGGGAAAGGCUUGACAACUGCGUGCCGUAUCAUUAGGACACGCAUGAUUCUUAGACCCUGGCUUCAUCACCCUGUGAGAACUUCAUUCGUUUGCGGCGAGCAAUAGAUCGAAAUUGCACAGCAAUUUCCUCAGUCUUCUGGUAGCAAAUAGUAGCAGCUAUUACCAUUUAAGCUUACUGGCUCGGCGUGACAUUGAAACUUUGAGAGCUCUUCGAAGACAAAGACUGCUAAAGCGAAAACGCACGCACGCACGUUGAUCGACACUGCAGUUUUCUUUUCUUUUUAAUUCUGGGCUGUGGUUUGUCGAUAGAAUAUCAGCCACGAUAAGAACUGCGCGUGCUCACUCCCCGUGAAAAGCCAAUUGUACAGCGGAAUACACGCGAGUCCCUCGUAGGGGGUACAGUCCAGAACAGAGCACGCACCAGCGAUAAUCUUACGAUGAAUUGCUGCGCGUAUUUGCGGAAACGAGCAAUCCCGGCAGAGGUCACGUGAGACCAUCGAACUACUUCUAAAUCAGCUGGUUCUCCUCUAUGUGCAUUGCAGUCCAAGGACUUGUACGCAGAGCGCGCGCAAAAGUGACGAUGGCCAGAGACGUGCCCGUGGACACGACAUGUGACUGUGGAACUUGACCGUCGCUGUCCCUCGUUCGCGCUCGACAUCGCUCUCCUUCGCUGUGCGGGUGGGUGGAACCAGCAUGACGUGACAGUUUCUCGAAUACCGCGCCGUGCACUGUUGUGAAGCGCUCUCCGCCGCCGAGUCCCUCGUGUACGGUGGGAGAGAACAUCUUGUGCUGUGCAGGGAAGACUGCCGAACGAGUCGCGUGGGCAUCCACUGCGGAGGGCCAUCCUGCCGAGAUGUCCUUCCUUGCCCUGGAUUCAUGCUCUUGGCAGGACCGGCGCGACCUGGUGAGCGGCCAUGCUGCCGCCGCAGCGGCCGCCGCGGCCGCCCUGGGGCCCAUCACGAGCCUCAGCUCGCCGAACCCGGGCACGCCGGGGGCCCUGGUCGGGGGCUCCGGCGGCGGCUCCUCGUUCGGCGGCGGACCCCCUCCGCCGCCGCCACCGCGGCUGACGCCCUCGUCGGCCGACUUCCAGCCGCCCUACUUCCCGCCCCCGUACAACCUGCCCACGCCGACGCAGCAGCAGCUCGACUUCCACGACCCGUACGCGUCGCACCACCUCAACAGCCUCGCCGGGCCGCAGCAGUACCACCAGCUGCACCCGGCCGCGGGACACCAGCGUGGGCUCUCCAGGAGACCCGAGGACGAUCUCCUACAGGCGGCGAACAUGCACCUUCCGGCGUACGGCGAAGGGCGUAGAACCGAACCGACAGCGUACCCUCGGCGGCCCGACGUGCUGGUGCAUCACCCGCACCACCACCUGACUGAGCAGGAUCUGCUGGGACUGCACGGAGCCGCCGCGGGUCUACCGCCAGGCAUCGUCGAGGAUGGACAGACCAGCCCCUGCUCCUCGGACGACGGAAACGACUUCCUCGAGGCAGGGAGCGUUGACGACACCAGUCUUUUUGGGAGCGACCACAAUAGUGUCAUACGAAAAGGCAUGAAGGUUCGCAACUCCUCGGAGAACCACAAGGACAUGGUGAUCAGCGGGGGCGUGACGUCCCCGACGGACGUGUUCUGCUCGGUGCCCGGCCGUCUGUCGCUGCUCAGUUCCACGUCCAAGUACAAGGUGACCGUGGGCGAAGUGCAGCGCCGCCUGUCGCCGCCCGAGUGCCUCAACGCGUCGCUGCUCGGCGGCGUCCUCCGGCGCGCGAAGUCCAAGAAUGGCGGACGCUCGCUGCGGGAGAAGUUGGAAAAGAUAGGACUCAACCUACCUGCCGGUCGGCGCAAGGCGGCCAACGUUACUCUGCUCACCUCUCUGGUAGAAGGCGAAGCCAUCCACUUAGCCAGGGAUUUCGGUUACGUUUGCGAGACCGAAUUCCCUUCCAGACAGGUGGCGGAGUACCUAUGUAGAAAUCACGCCGAACCAACCGACCUCUACCGCAGAAAAGAAGUGCUGCUUGCCACAAAGGGCACGGUGAAGGAGCUCCUGGACCUGCUGAACCAGGACCGGUCUUCGUGGGGCAUGGUGAAGGAGUUCGUGGACCUGCUGAACCAGGACCGGUCUCCGCUGUGCAACACGCGGCCGCAGAACAUCCUCGAGCCCAGCAUUCAGCGCCACCUGACGCAUUUUUCGCUCAUCACGCACGGCUUCGGCAGUCCCGCGAUCGUGGCCGCCCUGACGGCCGUGCAGAACUUCUUGAACGAGUCGGUCAAAUACCUCGAGAAGCAGAUCAACAGCUACCCCGGCGGCGCGCCGCCUCACCUGGCCUCCGUAGACCCCAAGAAAGAAGACGCAAAGAAGUAGGCCGCAGCCGUAGCCGAAACCGUAGCCGCACCCGUGGCCCCCGUCUUCGCGAAGAGACAGCCCAGGGAAUCGAGUUGGAGAGAAGUUCUCGGGACAUCGCCUUCCGGCAUUCGAGACCCGUGCCAUUCUUCCUUUUUCGCGUAAUCUCCAAGCCGACGGGGCGGUAAUCCGAGAAACCUCUCCAGCUACACUACGUGAAAACAACGUGUUGGUCCUGUGACCGCUUGCGCUGGGUGUUGAAUCGCGCCGCGCCCAGCCUGGAUGCCCGCCCGCCCGCCUGCCUGCCUGCUUGCUUGCUGCCUCCGGCUGUGCUGGCCGGUCCUUGUAGGGUGCGUGAAAAUUUAACACGACGCGCGAUCGCACCCGUUCGGUAAGCGAAAAUACGGCAACUCGAGAGAAGUUUGUCACGGGGUGUGCGAUCGAACGCAACGAGCCCGACCGUCGUCACGCGCGACAUAAAUUCGACGACGUAUACGACGCCGGUCGCGUGGCGUGCCUUCUCAUGUCACGAUCAUUCCACUCUCGCCCCACGAGUAAGAAGAAGAAAAAAAAUUCCUCGAUAGGAAAAAAGACGAUCGGAUUUGAUCGCGGUGCACCCCCGGCGCCAGAAAUCUAGCGAUUCCGCCGGCAGGCAAUGAUAUGUACAAGGUGUGUCGGCAAGCAUCGACCACGCUUUGGAAGCCUCGCAGCGUCGGAAAGGCGGCAGCAACGGGGGGGCGCCAGCGGCCGACGGAAGGUACCAGGCGGUGCGCGCGGGAGGGGCCAUACGGUUUGGCAAAAGUGCGCUACACCAUCGCCGCGCCGUGCCGCCUCUGUGCUGUGAUAUCAACGAAGAGGACGGCGUCGGAGCGGCGACGUGCAACCGCGGCUCGUGUGAACAGUUGUGCUGCGCGGCCCUUUCGAGCUGCAGGAACGUUGUCGAAGCACCGGGCGACCUCUUCUUCUGUCUUCUCUCUUCGCGUCCCCUCCAACGUUGAAAAACAAAAGAGAGAGACCCUGACACGCGCGCGCCAAAUGAACUGCAUUCAAGGAGCCCCCCUCCGAGCCAGCGUUUUAAAAGCAGAGGCCUCGCGAGGCCUUCUCUGCAGCCACGGAGCGACUCGCGUCGUGGCGUUGUUCUUCUCUCUCUGUGUGUAUCCUGGGUGCCAUAUGUGUACAUGUCGUGGACGUCCCCCGCGCUUAACGUGCCACAGCCUCGAGACGGCGCCACCGCCGCAUCUUCUUCUUCUUCAUGGCCGACGACGGCGAGGCACAGUCGCGCCCCUUCUCGCGGAGGAGGGACGUCGUCGAAAGCUCAAAUUGUUGCCAAAGCGAGAGUAUGCUCGCCCCACCCCUUUCGACUCACGGACACGUUCUUUUGUCGUGGAGCUUUGUUUUCUUUCUUGCGCUUUGUUUUCUAAAUCCUAUAGUCCUUCGUGUGUCUGGCCGGGCCGAUGCUCGGCCAUAUGUGUGUGUGGCUCUCUGUACUCGCCUGGAACUUCCUAUCAUCAUCUUCUUCUUAUUCUUAGGUGUGUUCUUGUCACUUUGCAAAAAAACUCUUUGCUCACUGUGUCUUCUCAGUGUUUCUCUUCGUGUGCGUCCGGAUGCCAGAACCGGGGUUCGAGUGCCUUCGUUGUUGUAUUGCAUUUGGGUAAAAGUCCACCGAAUCAUUUGCACGUCACUUUUACGCUUCAAUAGAAACAAGGUUUCGUCCGUACGACAGCCAAGAAUGUGAGGCGUUUAUUGGCAGAGAGCCGAAUGCACCUUUCUGGAUGCAUGUAUCAUAAGGAAAAUUUAUUUCCAUCGUACUGGUUUCCUUUAGUAUACUCAACGCAUGGCCACACUAGCGCAAAAGACGCUCGCUGCGUUCCGCCACUGACAGAACAAACACCCCGCGACUAGGCGAGCGGCAAGUGUUCUUCACAGCGCAGCAAAUGGCGGAAGUAGUCUCGGAACCGUUCUUUUGGGGCUCGCUGGUGUGCCAAGCGUUGCACGUCGAGUAGACCAAUCAGAAGCAUCCGAUUCAUUCACGCGGGUGAGUGAUCAAAUUAAUUCUAAUGGCAUCUCUUGAAACGUCGUGGCGACAAAUAAGUCACCUAGCCUGUGUGAGCUAAUCAGGUUUUCUAUGUAGCUAUCGCUGUCCAGCAUUUAGCAUCAGCUGCGUCAUUAAGUGCAGCUCGAAACUUGCUACCUACCUACCUGUUGGCUUCGUCAAAGAUCACCGAUCCCAGCCGGAGCGAGAAAGGGACGAUAUCACGUGACUUGCGUGGAGGCGGAGACGGCUACAGACUUACCUGCAAUGCAAGGUUAUAGCCCCUCCGUAGAAGCAUUGCGGUUUACGGAAUACCGCAACACCGGAAAUGACGUAGAUGGCAGCAGCAGCAUUGGUAGCGCCAUAUUGUGACUUCCUUCAAACAGAACUCUCUGUAACCCUAUUUGUGUGGCGUCAAUGUAAAAAAAGAAGGGAAAGAAAUCUGUCGCACACUAAUGACUUCUGAAACCGCUGCAACAACUGAUCGGUACAAUGUAUUCUUUAUACAGCUACAAUUAUAGCUCUGUGCGGGGCCUUCGAGAUCGAGGACUGCGUGCCAUUUGCGGCGCAGUCUUGGAGGCCAUGCUCCCUGUGCUCUAGUUGGCGCCACCGGCCCUGAUUUGCUAGGGACCUCAUGCUGCGCACGUCCGGGCCUCCGGUAUUCCGUAAACUGUUUAAUGGACGGGCUGCAACUCUAUCGUAGCGUUUUGAUGCAAGCGCAUUUCCUCUAGUGUGGCCGUGCGUUAAGCCUAUCGUCGGGACCCGAAAGUUCGUCACGCUAGUUCGCCCCCUUGCAUCUGAAUCGGCGUAACCUGGAACCUUUCAAAGGCACCGGAACCGUUCUGGCUGAUGGAGCCGUCACUUACGUCGCCCUGCGGCAACUCAAGGCAAUAAUCAUCAAGCAAUGCACUUCUUACAUGUUGUAUCUAGUGGCCGUGUGAAAUAUUUUUUUUUCCUUCUCACUGUGCUGUACUAUACACGAAUGACGAGUAAUAGCUAUAAAGAGAGGAAGCAGGAGUCAGCGUCAUUUCUUUUUGUUUGCUUACGUCACAGUAUUCACGUCGUCACCAGUGUCUGCGGUGCGACCAAUUGCUCAUAAGAUACUGAAUGAAUUCUCAUCUUGACGUCAGAACGCGCCAGAAAUAUUGUGGGAUGGUGCGAAAAGUUUUAUAUUUAUUGGUAAAAUACUGUGUUCAUUUGUUUUCCUUUUUUUUCUUUAAUCGUAACGAUGUUGCAUUGUUUGCUCUGUGGCUUGUCUCAAUCUUUAAAGAGGCAUGCUGGCUUAUUUUGAGGAUAUGCUGUCGUGUCAGAAAUUAUUUUUUAGUGUUCUAUACGAUUACCCAAGGUGCAAUACAUGCUCACUGAGUGAAUGGCUGUGCGGUCGACGUAGCCGUAUUGUGUGCGAUACAUUUUCUUUUUUAGUUAUUAUAUGUCUGUUUUCACUUGCUCAUACAACCGUUGCUGGCAACCUUUCAAACUUCCCAUUUUACUUUACCAUUGCACAAGAGGCGGCACUAAGCUAAUUCCAUUCUAUGUUGAAUUUUUUUUAUAGGAAAAAAAUGCAAACUACCUCAGUCGCCGCCCAAAAGUGUCGGAAAUAUUUGAUGGCUUUUAAAAAAUCACUCGAACAAAUAUCGAUCAAGAGGCGCAUUCCCAAGUAUGCUUUAGAAUAUUUUACGCGACACACCUGAAGAGUCACUUUCCAGAACUGUAGUGGCAUAUUAGUCACUGGUAUCUCUUCCAGUUCGCAUUGUGUGAAUGCCGCAUAUUUUUAAGGUAUCUUCUCUUUUUAAUUCGCUCUCAUUUGAGUUGAUGGGCUCACCAUUUUUUAAGUUUACAUUUUGUUGUGGACCUCUAAAUCAUGGCGUAUUCUGCAGAAUUUUGCGCCUCGCUGCUACAUGCAUUGGGCCUCAAUUGCGAGAAAUGCUUGUACCAAUGAACUGAAUCCAUCAUGAACAUACAUACACAUGCCUGGAUGGCCCGUGAUGUAAGGUAUGACGCUCAGUCCUGCAUUUUUUUUUUUUCGUAUGACGCCUGUAAGAUGACCUGAUACCAAAUUAGUGGAAAUAAAGUGUUCUGUGCCACGGA